GUCGCUGAUUGGCCUGAAGAAAGCACCAUAACUACACGCAGUUUAUAUUCAUUCAGCUUGUUGAAGUGCUAAAACUAUUUUUUGGAAGAGCAGCAGUACUUGGAUGCCUUCUGUCCAAGAGACGGCUAUGGAUACAGUGAAUACGACAGGAGGUGCUGAUAUUAUGGCUUGACCGAGUUUUCCAAACUCGGGAUGACAGGAUGGCGAGCGCAGAUAGCGAAGUGAAAACUUUAUUAAACUUUGUAAACUUGGCAUCCAGCGAUAUCAAGGCUGCUCUUGACAAGUCAGCACCGUGCAGGCGCUCGGUGGACCACAGGAAGUAUCUACAGAAACAACUGAAGCGUUUUUCACAGAAGUACUCAAGGAUGCCGCGAUGCCACGCAUACAGAGCGACAGACUCGGGUAACGGAAAAGCAUUAGAGGACAAGUCUGGUGUGUACGCUUUUGAGACUGUGAACCGUAACCUCCACCGAUCCGGAAUAAGUGAAAAAACAGGGACGGGUGUGCACCCAGAGGGCAGUCUGAAGCUCAGUCCAAAUCCCAAACUGGAAAGUGAUUACAACAGACAAGACCAGGUGCCCAUGAGAAAGCGACAGCUGCCAGCAUCUUUCUGGGAAGAACCCAGAUCUUCCAAAAGUAAAAGGGAGUCUUUCCAGGUAGCUUGGAGAAAAAGCCAAGCGUGUGUUGGCGUCGGUGGGCCUUCGGAAUCAGAGGACGAAAAAAUAAAAACAUAUCCCGAAGAGCCCAGAGCCAAUUCGUUUGUUUCCACCCAGCAUACCACUGCGGAAAAGGAACCCCUUAUCCUGGACAUGACUUCCGGAAGCAUGAAUUUAUGCGGGUGCUGUCCUUUUCAGUACCAUGGACACCACGUCUUCCAAAGCCAUGUUGUCCUUCCCCACUCUGGCUUCGCUGAAGCUGGGCUGUGGGGAAAGGCCACUGUAACCCAAGCCGAAGCGGAGGGCAUCCACAAUAUACAAAAAAGUCACACGCACGUUGUGGUGAAGCCCAUCCCAACAAAACCAACUAUUCCAUCUCCAAUUUUUAGCGUGUUUGGAUUUAUAUAAACACCUAAUUUGCAUCAGCAAAAAAACAAUACGUAGGGUAUAUUGUAAAUAUUUAGGUUUUUAUUUGACUUUUUAAGUCAGAGCAGCUUAUUUAUUGUGUUUUGUCCGCUCAUAGUUGACUAGCCCUGCGUUUACCAUCGUAAAAUUCCAUUUAAAACUGAAUGAUACAUUUUCAAGAGCACUUAGGUCAAGGAACAGUUUUGCUUUGAAUAUUACGAUUUAAGGACUUCAGAAUGUGAACGUAUUGUGGUAUUUGCCUUUUUUCUUUUGAGACCACUUUAUAGAUUAACUUAAUCUUACAUCAAGUAGGAAACUAACUGUACAACUGUUAGCCUAUCUGAAAGUAGAAUAAAUCAGUUCCUUAAACUACAAUCUCAAGCUCAUUCCAUCCUCAAACUGACGUUUUAGUAUAAGAGAUUGAGAAUGAAAUGCCAAACUGAACACAUUUUAACAGCUAUUAUGAAACAUUAAAAAACAGAGAAAGUUCAGAGACGGUAGCGAUAUUUUUCUAGCAUAAUUCUAUUUGUUUGUGUGCACGCAUGUGCGUUGGGGGGGUUGGUGUCUCCGUCUAUGGAAUCUACUGAUCCAAUACAAUACAUGAGUGAAUACAUUGUGGAAGCAUUUAUUGCUUAAGAACUAUAUUAAAUUAUUGAGUUUGGAGACACUAAUGUACAGUAAUAUUACACAUUUCCCUGGUAAACCAAUACACAGUAUAACCACUACAGCUAGAAUUAAACAGAAAAUUCUAUAGAAACAUACAGCAUACAAACACCAAAAUGUAUUACCCUGUAAACCAUUUACAUUAAAAUAUAUAAUGUAUUCCUAUUAGUCUAUUAACAGUACAGGAGGAUCAUUUAACAGAUUCUGUUAUACUGUCACACCACACUGUACACAACCUGACCAAUAUUGACUGACUAUCAUUACAACAUUAGGCUAAUGAGGUAGAUAUGUUCCUAAUAUGGGGUAUGUCUAAUACACAGUUGGUUCAGAAAUGUGACAAAUUGUAAAGCAAUAUAUCUUCCUUUAAAAUAC